AUGUCCGAACUUAAUCCUCAAGAACCUGUUCCAUCUCCAGCGCCAAUGGACCAACCUGCGUACAUCCCCGAGGUACCCGAGCAUACCAGAACUUUUCUACAUUUUCAAACGUAUCCUGCCGUGGCCUCCUGGAUGAGAAUUCAUGAGAGUUUGCCUUUUCCACGUUUGCUUAGACCAAUGUUGUACAGAUGGGCCUAUUCGGGAGGAGUCAGAAACUACACUGAAAGAAUUGACACCUCGAUUGAUGAAGCCUUGUCUCGUUUUGAUGAGAGAGUACCCCAGGCGAGAGUUAUCCGCAUGAGGGAUAUCAGAGACUCUCUCACAAAUCCAUUUGUCAGUUCUGCAACUACCGUUCGUAACGGGGUGAAUUCCACUGUUCAACUGGGAGACAGAUACUUCUUACAACCCGGUCGUGUGGUUGCUGCUUCUGCCAGAAAGAGAUACGCCGCCAUCUAUGACACGGACGGAAGAGCCUUGAUCCGUGGUCAGGCAGACAGCAUUCUUGCACCAGUAAACGAUAGACUGUCCAACACUCUUGUUGCCCAGUUUGGAGACGAUGCGGAGGUUCCAAGAAAAGAGUAUUCAAACGAGUUCUCUCGUGGUUUGAGAAUCCUCAAUAGAGCCUACGAAAACACCCUCACUACAGUUCUGCCUCGUAUCACUGCUGUUCCAAACCAUAUUGAGGAGGUAUAUUCUAAGAACAAGGAGGAACGUGGAAGCUACCUGCUUACCUCAAUCGAAACAGGCCGCCAACUGACGACUGAGGCAAUGGCAAGAAUGGGAGUUUCCCUGUACCAGGCUGAUCCCGAGCCAAUCGUUCUUGAGGAUAAAGAACAGAUUCCUGUUGAAGGUUCUUCCAAGAAUGUUGAAUCCAUGUGA